AUGUCUGUCGUUGUUGAGGAUGCCGUGAGCUCCCUGGUCUCUGUCCACGAAUCCAAGCCCUUGUCGGGCGUGCGGACCCCGUCGCAAAAUUUGGUGGCCGUAGAUGGUUACGGUAAAAAGUUUGAGGUGCCUGACUACACGAUGAAAGACAUCUUAUCUGCCAUCCCAAAACACUGCUACGAGCGGUCGUUGGUCAAAUCGAUGGGAUAUGUUGUGCGGGACAUCGUGCUGAUGUGUGCCAUUGGUUAUGUGGGCCACAAAGUGAUUCCAAUGGUUCAAAUCGCCAACCACGACACGUUGUCGAUGGUUGUUCGUGGUGGACUUUGGAGUUUGCAGUCGUAUCUUAUUGGGUUGUUCGGGUUUGGAUUAUGGAUUUUGGCCCAUGAAUGUGGCCACGGAGCGUUCUCGGACUUCCAGAACGUCAACGACUUUAUUGGCUGGGUUCUUCACUCGUACUUGAUGGUGCCUUAUUUCUCGUGGAAGUACUCGCACUCCAAGCACCACAAGGCUACCGGACACUUGACAAGAGACAUGGUUUUCGUACCUUAUACCAAGGACGAGUUUGCGGAGAAGCACGGUGUUUCCAACGUGGCGGAAAUUAUGGAAGAGUCUCCAAUUUGGACUUUACUGGUUUUAAUUUUUCAACAAUUGGGAGGAUUGCAAACUUACUUGGCUACUAAUGCCACUGGUCAACCUUACCCUGGGUUGUCGUGGCUCGCUAAAUCGCACUAUGCUCCAAGCUCACCUGUAUUUGACCCUCAUCAAUACUGGUUUAUUGUGUUGUCGGAUAUCGGUAUCUUGACUACAUUGACGGUAGUUUACCAAUGGUACAAAAACUUUGGCGCUUUCAACAUGUUUGUCAAUUGGUUCAUGCCAUGGUUGUGGGUGAACCACUGGCUUGUUUUCGUCACUUUUUUGCAGCAUACUGACCCUUCCAUGCCCCAUUACAAGGACACUGAAUGGACAUUUGCUCGUGGAGCCGCUGCUACCAUCGACCGGAAUUUUGGCUUUGUGGGCCAACACAUUUUCCAUGAUAUUAUCGAAACCCACGUUUUACAUCACUACGUGUCGCGGAUUCCAUUUUACAAUGCUCGGGAGGCUACUGAUGCCAUCAAAAAGGUGAUGGGUUCGCACUACCGUUACGAAGGAGAGUCCAUGUGGUACUCAUUAUGGAAGGUGAUGCGCAUGUGCCAGUAUGUUGAUGACGAUAACGUGAACGGCGUCAUGAUGUUUAGAAACGUGAACGGACUUUGA